UUUUCACUUUAAAAUCUGCAUUGGCCCCCAAAAACCCAUAUCAGUCGGGCUCUAGUGUAAACAUCCAGAUCAAAUAAACAAUACGUGUUGUUUUUGUGUCUUUAGGAUGCAGAAGAGGUCUCGAACUCUGGCCAAAACCUGGACCAAGAUGAUAUGGGGCACCCAUUUUAAGCUCUUUCUAGGCUUGUUGUAUAUUUCAUAAUGGCAUAUUGCAUCUUUGGCCAACAAAUGGGGUGUUCUGGUAUUUUGAAGGAUGAACAGGAGGUCCAUACUUCACAAAACUGCCUGGAGAGACCUAAUACAAUGGCGAGGGAUGAUUUACAUGAGUGGCGUGCACUUCACAAGACAAGAUGAGGAAUACAUACAAAGUCUGCAAACUGAGCAGGAAAGGGACACUCUGGUUCCUGAAGAGACCCCUCCUCAAAACAUCUCAUCUGGGUCCUCUGAUACCACUGCUGGCUUCCUGGAUUUGAGUCAUGUCAAAGAAACUACCGAACCAGAUCUGAAAACCUUACUGACAACUCUGGCAUCAAAAGUCUGGAUUGGAGAGACGCCCAGCAGUAAUAUGAUCAAUGUAUGCAGAGAAAACAUAAUGGAUGGUGCCAUGCGAGCCUUUACAAGAAGGAGUUUCAAUCCAGAGGCCAAAUUAAGCGUCAUAUUUAUGGAUGACUUCAUGCAAGCAGAAGGUUCAGUGGAUGAGGGGGGCCCUACACGGGGGUUUUUCCGACUGCUCUCAGAGAUAGCAGCCUAUUUACAGGGCCACAGUAAGAACCUGUCCCUGGACAGCCACGCAUUACACAGAGGUCUCUACAGAACCUAUGGAGUUAUGAUGGCUGUGGCGCUGCUGCAUGGAGGAGUGUUGCCUUCUUUUUCCGGAGAGGCUCUACCAAAACCUCUGCUCUACACCCACAUUACCACCCGCUCUCAAAGAGACUUUCUGAAGGACUGAACACACUUGGUCUCCUGGACCUGAUGAAAAUUCACGCCAGCAUCUUGAAGGAGGUGUUUUCUUCAUCUGAGAGGCCUCUAAAGGCCACAGACUUGAUCUCCCUGUUCCAAGUGACACUGUCCCCUCCUGGAAGCAACCGGUGGCGCCUGGAGAAGAGAGUGGAAGGGUACUGGAGAGACUUUCUUCUAGAUGUGGAGGAUGGUGUGUUUGAGGUCACAAUGGAGCAAAUUUUGGUGUUUGCCUCUGGAGCCGACAGAGUACCCGCUCUUGGUUUUUCUCCUCACCCAACGCUGAACUUCAUUCACGACGCAGGGCGGAAGUACCCUGAAGCUAACACCUGUCUUACUAGAGACCCUUGAGAGGAGCAUCAGAUGGGCAAGAGGGAGGAUUCUCCAGUUGGACGAUGCAGAUGAACUUCUUCCAUUAGUGACUCAAGAAGGUGUUGACUUUUGCCUAGAGAUUACGUCAUGCAUCAUGGAAAGGCUUUCAAGUUUGGAGACGCUUAAAGGUGGAAUUGUUUUCAACAUGCGUAGUCCACAGCUUGUCGUCCUGACUUUAGAUGGCUUGACUGACUGAUCAGGAGGUCUGACCAGUGUGAUUGUUAGUGUCUGUGAUUGUACAGGUGCUUAGAAGCUAUAAAAAAUGACUUGACCUCAAAAUAAAUACCAAAGCGAAAUAA